CUUCGCCACGAUCAACCACCCUGUCCAACAUCCCUGUAUUUCCCAAUAACUAGCAAUGGCCUCGCCAGCAGCUUCGGAACUUCGUCGAAUGGCGUCUAAUCCUGCAAUCACUCUGUCACCAGCUGCGGCCACCAAGUCAACUGGUGCCUCCCAUCUCUCGGCACGUAAAGCCAGCCCUCAGCCUCUUGCGGUGAGCUCGUCUAGCUCACGUCUGCCUGGCUCAAGGCCGUCAUCGAUCCCAUCCUCACCAACAUCUGUUCACUCUUCCUCCUCAGCAAUUUUUGAGCGUGACAUAGAGCCUGUUUCAUUCCAUGCCCCCGCACCAAAGCAUGAUCCUCACUUGGUGUCGAGAGCUCAAUUGCACGAAUCCACCGAGGCAUCUGUUCCUGCAGUGUUGACCUCUGCGAUGACUGCGCUUUCGAUGUCACCAUCUCCACCGCCUCCGGUAUCACUUGAUACAUCACAGAGUUCCGCUUCGAAAAGGCAUAGCUCAUAUGAAGAAGAAAUCAGCGUUAUCACUCCCGCCGUCAAUGGAUCACCAACAGGUAUCAUGCUGUCAGGCAUCGCCACGCCGAAGAGUAUUAGCCGAAGCCCGAGCCCUCCCAGUGGUGCCGGACAUAGUCCAUCCCAGCGCCCGUCCAUGCUGGAAAAGAUCUCGACAAACGCACCCCCGCCCGCAUUGUCGACCCCACUCAUUCCGACACCCAUCUCACCUACGGGAUCUCCCGAUUUUGUUGUUUCUCAGAGUCAAAAAGUUGGGAAAGAAGGCAAUAUUUCCCCCCCAGGCACUGCAUUCCUCUUGGCUCCGUCAUCCGUGUCUGCACCUACUACUGCUGUUCCUCCUGUAAAGGGAGUGGAGCUUCCUGCUUCCCCUCGCCAAGAAACGCCCAAUACCCCUUCGACUCCAAUCCCUCGUCUCCGGAAAUCGCAUGCAUCGCUAUCGAAUGUUCCUCUAGAAGAUGCGACUCUUUCUCCAUCAUCUACGUCCACCAACGAAAAGAGGCUUUCUUUCAUUUCUUAUCACGUGAGUUUGUUUCUCUUUCAGCCGAUCUGGAUGCAUUUUCUUUACCUCGGAGUUUCUUUUGCAUUGUACCAAUCGGGAUGACUUUUGUGAGCCGCAUUACUGAUGGUCUUCCCCU